GCGACCCUUGAGUUUUCGCCUCUGUCCAGGCCCCCCAACUGACAGGUGCUCCCAGCAACUUGCUGGUGACUUCUUGCCGCUCCCCCGGCUCCCCCGCGUCCCCACCCCCUCUUUCCUCCCUCGCCUUCACCCCCACCCCCACCACUUCGGCACAGCUCAGGAUUUGUUUAAACCUUGGGAAACUGGUUCAGGUCCAGGUUUUGCUUUGAUCCUUUUCAAAAACUGGAGACACAGAAGAGGGCUCUAGGAAAAAGUUUUGGAUGGGAUUAUGUGGAAACUACCCUGCGAUUCUCUGCUGCCAGAGCAGGCUCGGCGCUUCCACCCCAGUGCAGCCUUCCCCAGGCGGUGGUGAAAGACUCCGGAGUCGCCGCUUCCCAAGUGCCCGCCGUGAGUGAGCUCUCGCCCUACUCAGCCAAAUGCUCCUCUUCGGGCUUCUCCUGCUGACAUCUGCCCUGGCCGGCCAGAUUCACGGGACUCAGGCUGAGUCCAACCUGAGUAGUAAAUUCCAGUUCUCCAGCAACAAGGAACAGAACGGGAGGAACUAUACCCAAGCAUCUGGACUGGCAUAGAAAAGAGGAGAAAGAACAUUUAUAAGGAGUACAAAAUCCCCAGCAUGAGAGAAUUAUUACUGUGUCUACAAAUGGGAGUAUUCACAGCCCAAGGUUUCCUCAUACUUACCCAAGAAAUAUGGUCUUGGUAUGGAGAUUAGUAGCAGAGGAAAAUGUGUGGAUACAACUUACAUUUGAUGAAAGAUUUGGGCUGGAAGACCCAGAAGAUGACAUUUGCAAGUAUGAUUUUGUAGAAGUUGAGGAACCCAGUGAUGGAACUGUAUUAGGGCGCUGGUGUGGUUCUGGUCCUGUACCAGGAAAACAGAUUUCCAAAGGAAAUCAAAUCAGAAUAAGAUUUGUAUCUGAUGAGUAUUUUCCUUCUGAACCCGGAUUCUGCAUCCACUACAACAUUGUUAUGCCACAACUCACAGAAGCUGUGAGUCCUUCAGUGUUACCCCCUUCAGCUUUGCCACUGGACCUGCUUAAUAAUGCUGUAACCGCCUUUAGUACUUUGGAGGAUCUUAUUCGCUAUCUUGAACCAGAUAGAUGGCAGCUGGACUUAGAAGAUCUAUACAGGCCAACUUGGCAACUUCUUGGCAAAGCUUUUGUUUUUGGAAGAAAAUCCAGAGUGGUGGAUCUGAACCUUCUAAAAGAGGAGGUAAGAUUAUACAGCUGCACACCUCGUAACUUCUCGGUGUCCAUAAGGGAAGAACUAAAGAGAACCGAUACCAUUUUCUGGCCAGGUUGUCUCCUGGUUAAACGCUGUGGUGGAAACUGUGCCUGUUGUCUCCACAACUGCAACGAAUGUCACUGCGUCCCGAGCAAAGUCACUAAAAAAUAUCAUGAGGUCCUUCAACUGAGACCAAAGAUUGGUGUCAGGGGAUUGCAUAAAUCACUCACUGACGUGGCCCUGGAGCAUCACGAGGAGUGUGACUGUGUGUGCAGAGGGAACACAGGAGGAUAACUACAUCACCACCAGCUGUUCGCAGAGCUGUCAGGUGCAGCCAGCGGCUGAUUCUGUUAGAGAACUAAUGCAUUACCUGCAUCCAUAAUCCCAGUUGUUUGCUUCAAGGAUCUUCCAUCUGCAGGAUUUACAGUGGGUUCUAAAGAGGAGACACCAAAUGGAAUUAUGAGUUGUGCAACAUCGCUUUUGAGAGGAGCCCAAAGGACAGGAGAAAAGGUCUUCAAUCAUGGAAAAAAAAAUUAAAUGUUGUAGAUCGCUAGCUAGUUACCACGUUCCUUUUCCACUUGCUGCAGUCUGUAUUCCCUAUGUCAUGAUAUGGCUUAGGUUAAUGUCAGGACAAGAAAAAGCUGCAAGUGAGCACCUGAUUCUGUUGCUCUGCUUAACUCUAAAGCUCCGUGUUCUGGGCCUAAUAUCACAGAAAAUCUGGAAUGUUUUCCCCUUAUACUUGCAUAUAUAAACCAGAACAUUUCAUGUUCUAAAACUUGGGUUUUAAAGAGGAACUAUGUUGCUAUGAAUUAAACUGGUGUCAUGCUGAUAGGAAAGACUGGAUUUUCCAUGUUUCUUAUUAAAAUCUCUGCCAUUUAGAAGAAGAGAACUACAUUCAUGGUUUGAAAGAGGCAAACCUGAACAGAAGAGUGGCCUUAUCUUCACUUUAAGUUGGUUUAUUUGUUUUAUUGUGUACAUUUUUAUAUUCUCUUUUUUGACAUUAUAACUGUUGCCUUUUCUAAUCUUGUUAAAUAUAUCUAUUUUUACCAAAGGUAUUUAAUAUUCUUUUUUAUGACAACCUAGAUCAACUAUUUUUAGCUUGGUAAAUUUUUUCUAAACAGAAUUGUUAUAGCCAGAUGAAUAAGGAUGAUAUAAAAUAUUGUUGCUCUGACAAAAAAAAAAAAUACAUGUAUUUCCUUCUUGAAUGGUGCUAGAGCUUAGAUUGACCUGCAUUUAAAAAUACAGAAGUAUGAAACCAAUAGGACUGGGAAGUCACAAUGACGUUUUGGAAAUAAAUUACCAUAUCUUCCACCCUGUUUAUUGGAUAUGCAAAUAAAAAAUAACAUAUGAAAAGUAGAUAUUCAGCUCCAAUUCUUACUAAUUUAACCCUGUUUGGGGGGAAAUACGAACCUAGCUCAGAAGAACAGAAAGCACCUUGAUAAAAGAGACUGACAGCUUCUUGAUAAAGUGGGCUGUGGAGUAGGAACACAUCCUAUUUAUUGUGAUGCUAUGUUUUCAAUACCUUUAAACUCUGUUCCAUACACUUGUAUAAAUACCUGGAUAUUUUUAUGUACAGAAGUAUAUCCUUUAACCAAUUCACUUAUUGUACCCUUUUGCAAUUGAAAAGAAAAUCAGUAAAACACUCUGCUUGUAAAAUGCUUAAUAUUAUGCCUAGGAUAUGUGGUGACUAUUUGAAUUAAAAAUGUAUUGAUUCAUCAAAUAAAAGAAUGUGGCUAUUUUGGGGUGAAA